ACGAUUAUAUGAGAAAUGAAAUUCUCAUUCAUAAAUAUAAUGACCGGACCACUACACGACUUUUUUGCUGAUAUAUCUCAAAAUGCGAAUAUGCGAUCCUCCUUUUUUUUUUAUGGAGCAUAUCCUUUCCUUUAUAUUUUUUGUUAACCUAGGGGAGAUUAAAUUUCACGUGACGUUGUUUGCUUGUGGGAGCCAAGCAGAUCGCUCGAUGGCGCCCGCCAGCGCCCACGUGAUCCAAAAGAAGGUGAUCAUCGACACAGAUCCGGGCAUAGACGAUGCAAUGGCAAUUUUGCUGGCCUUUCAGUCGCCAGAGCUCGAUGUCAUUGGCCUCACGACGACGUUUGGGAAUGUAUCAACGUCAAUGGCAACUCAAAACGCUUUGCAUCUGUGCGAACUUGCAGGUAGGGAGGACAUUCCUGUUGCUCAAGGGCUACACAAAUCUCUCAAGGGUGAUACGAAAGAGCACGCUGUUGAUUUUAUUCAUGGAAAAGAUGGAUUGGGGAACACAAAUCCCCCGGCUCCAAAGGGGAAACCAAUUGAUAUGACUGCUCCCGAGUUUUUCAUUUCUAAAGUGAAAGAGUUUCCUGGGGAAGUGACAAUCAUAGCUCUUGGCCCUCUGACAAAUCUCGGCAAGGCUGUCGAGAUGGAUCCAUCAUUUGCUAAACUUGUAGGCGAGAUCGUGAUCCUUGGUGGUGCUUUUGCAGUGAACGGGAACGUUAACCCCGCUGCAGAGGCAAAUGUUUUAGGAGAUCCAUUGGCCGCGGAUAUAGUCCUUACAUGCGGAGCCAACACGAAAAUAAUCGGCAUCAACAUAACGCAUCAAGUCACAAUGACAGGCCCACAAAUAGAGGAGCUCAGGAGAAGCGACAGCAAGUAUGGUCGAUAUCUAUGCGAUGUAAUUAUGUGCUACCUUAACUAUCACAGGGAUUACUACAACAUUGACGCGAUUUAUCUUCACGAUCCCGCAACAGUAAUCGCGGCAAUCGAUCCAUCGCUCUUUACUUACGCAGAAGGUGUCGUAAGAGUCCAGCAGGAGGGAAUUUGCCGUGGGCUUACCUUGUUUAACAACACAAGGAAGAAAUGGGCAGUACCUACAGCGUGGUGUAACAAGCCGCCGGUGAAAGUAGCAGUGACUGUGGACGCCGAUAAGCUCGUAGUUUUACUAAAGGAACGCCUCAUGGCUUCGUGAAUGGAUAUCUCUUUCCUUUGUGGAUCGCGUUUCUCCACGUUCAAAAAUGAGAAUAUUCUUCACUGGCUUGGGAAUA